AUGGGAGUAUUAGAUUUUGUACCUGAAUACAUUGUUAGUAGUCUCUCGACCAUUGCAAUUAUGGGAGAUUCACCCUAUGAUUUCUGCGAAAAGUUGAUGUGGUUCUUUCGAAGCUUUGGGUGUCCCUUUGAUGGGCUGUUUCAUUCCCUCAACGUAGGAGGUGAAAAAGAAUCUUGCUGUUUAUUUUGGCUUUCAGCAAAUUAUUUUAAGUUAAAAAACAACGAAGAUUCAAAUGACAAAGGAACAGACCAAAUUAUUGUGGAUGAUAAUCCUAUAGAUGAAUUUCUAUUUCGAAAACUUGCGACCGUCACGAUAACUGCUUUAUUAUCAAUAGUUUAUCCUUGGAUGACAGUACUUAUCGUCUACUUGACACCUCCGGUUGGAAAUUAUUGUCGCAGCAAAUAUGUAACAGUAAUCUGCUCAAUCUGGUCAUUUAACAGUGCUUUGGCUUAUAUUUACCAUAUAAAAGGAGAAAGUGAUUUAAUCAUGUCUGAGGAAAGUGAUUUAAUCGUGUCUGUGAAAACUGGGAAAUGGAAAAGCAUAAGAAAAUUCGUUGAGAAAUGGAAAAGGAUGAGGAAGUUACAUAAAUGGUUUUCCAUAUGUGAGAAGACUCAAACUUAUGAUAAUUGUCGGCAACUUGAUCAAUCAGGAUUAUUAAUCAUUCUGGAUAUGAGACUUCCGGGUUUCUAG